UGUAAACACGGAAGUCGAUUCUGAACGUGUGGCAAACACAUUUUAGCUAGCAGCAGUUCGUUUGCCGCUUCUGUGAUACGCGCUACUGUGAGUAAACCUGACUCACGCGUUGAACAACAACACUGCGUCUAUUAACAGUAUUAAAUAAUAUUAAGAGUAUUAACUUAACACCAAUGGUGACGAGGUAGGAGCACGCGCAGGCUGUUAGCAGUGAAGCUAACAUGUCAAAGAGUUAUCCCACACCUGUUUACUGUCAUGCUGCACGAGGAGACUUCCGGGAUGUUUACGAUCCGGCGGAGGACUCUUUCCUCCUGAUUGACGCCUUGGAGAAGGACGCAGAGAGGCUGCAGCUGAUGAGCCCAUGUGUGUGUCUGGAGGUGGGCAGCGGCUCAGGAGCAGUCUCAGCUUUCCUGGCCUCAGUGGUCGGACCCUCAGCUCUAUAUCUUUGCACUGAUGUGAAUCCUGCCGCAGCACAGUGCACCGCAAAGACGGCUUCCUGCAACGAUGUGUCCCUGCAGCCUGUCCUCACAUCCCUGGUGGACAGUCUUCUCCCCCGCUUAAGUGGGAAAGUGGAUGUCCUUCUCUUCAACCCUCCGUAUGUGGUGACGCCUUCAGAAGAGGUGGGGGGCACGGGUAUAGAGGCUGCCUGGGCCGGGGGGGAGCGAGGACGAGAGGUGACCGACAGAUUUCUGCCUGUGGUGGCACAGCUGCUCUCCAAUAAAGGGUUAUUUUACCUCAUUACUAUCGCUGAGAACGACCCAGAGGAGAUCAUCCGUCUACUGGGCAAAUGUGGGUUGAAGGGAGAGGCAUGCUUGUCUACAAGAGCUGGAAAUGAGAGGCUGUCUGUCCUGCGCUUCCAUAAGAGCUAAGCAACAAGGAACUGUCACAAAUACAUCCUCUGAGAAGAUGACAGGAACUCUAAACUGACUUUGAAACAGUAUGGCUGCAAGGACACAUCUUUGAAAGAUUCAUCAGACAACACUUUUCUCGAUCAAAACUCAGCAUUGUGAAAGAAAUGGGCUGGGGAGAAAGACUAAGGUGUCUCUGAUGCAGAAAGGAAAUUAAACAAAUGUUUCACAAAGAUAA